UUUCAGAGUGACGUAUCCUGUGCGACUGUGUCAGGUAGUUUCUGUGGUAGAAACUGUUGUUCACGGUUGUUCACCACGUACACUGCUGUCCGUUAACUAGCUUGUUAUCAUCGUUUAUUGCUGUCAGUGUUAUCGACCAUGGAUGACGAAACUCACCCCAAAACCUUAUAUGUGGGAAACCUCUCCAGGGAUGUAACAGAAAUAUUGAUACUGCAACUCUUCGCCCAGAUAGGGCCCUGCAAAAGCUGCAAAAUGAUCACAGAGCAUACAAGCAAUGACCCCUAUUGCUUUGUGGAGUUCUUUGAACACAGAGAUGCUGCUGCAGCCCUUGCAGCCAUGAAUGGAAGGAAGAUUUUAGGAAAGGGGGUCAAAGUAAACUGGGCCACCACUCCAAGUAGUCAGAAGAAAGACACAUCCAAUCACUUCCAUGUUUUUGUGGGUGAUUUGAGCCCUGAGAUUACCACUGAUGAUGUCACGGCUGCAUUUGCACCUUUUGGGAAAAUCUCUGAUUCUCGUGUUGUGAAAGACCUGACCACAGGAAAAUCAAAGGGGUAUGGAUUUGUGUCCUUCCACAACAAACUGGAUGCAGAGAAUGCUAUCAUUAACAUGGGGGGACAGUGGCUUGGAGGACGCCAAAUCAGGACCAACUGGGCAACACGUAAACCACCAGCUCCUAAGAGUGCCCAUGACGAUGGCCCAAAGCAGCUGAGGUUUGAUGACAUUGUAAAUCAGUCUUGUCCACAGAACUGUACUGUUUACUGUGGAGGCAUCCAGUCAGGACUAUCAGAACACCUAAUGCGACAGACCUUCUCACUGUUUGGUCAAAUAAUGGAAAUAAGAGUUUUCCCAGAGAAAGGAUACUCCUUCAUUAGAUUUUCCACCCAUGACAGUGCUGCACAUGCCAUUGUUUCAGUCAAUGGCACAACCAUUGAAGGUCACAUAGUGAAGUGCUUCUGGGGAAAAGAAUCUCCAGACAUGGCAAAAACUCCACAGCAGGUUGAGUACAGUCAAUGGGGACAGUGGAACCAUCCCUAUGGAAAUCCACAGCAGCAGUUUGGACAAUAUCUGACCAAUGGGUGGCAAGUUCCCUCCUACAGUAUGUACAGCCAGACAUGGAACCAGCAAGGAUUUGGAGUAGAGCAGUCGGAGUCAUCAGCCUGGAUGGGAGGCUUUGGAUCACAAUCAGCCCAGACUGAAGACCCGGCCAGUUCUGUCAUGACAAACCUGACCAACUUCAGCAUGGCUGGCUACCAAAUGCAGUAAGCCUGUCCUUGCCUAAGUGGAAUGCCAAAGGAAUUUCCAAAAAAACAAUUUAGACCACGCAACUCUCUUUCAACUUGAAAGCUGAUUUGGUUAAGGAAGGGCAAAAGGAAUGUUCACAAAGCCUUUUUACUUAAUGUUCUCCUCAACAACCAGUUUAACAAGUCUUUUUUCACAUGUCUUCACUUUAAACUGUUUUGGAUGACAAUGAAUUGUUAAUCAUUGAACAUUCACUUGGGCCUCUGAAGUAAAGUCAAAGCAACCAACUUUGUAGAUGCUGAAGGAAAUGGCAGAAAUUUUUAAUGCUUAGUCCAUGAAAACCAUACCCAGACUGACAUUUGUAGCUUUACCAUACUUACUGUAGAGCGAUCUAAACGGAGAGGAACCCCUGAUGUCUUUCUCCUUAUCACAAUGACUAAAAUUAAGGUAAUGUUUACAUUACAGUUGGUCUCAAAUAGUAUUUGUAAAUUAACUCAGAGGAGCUGUAAGCACACUAAAAAUAAGCAACCACCUUGCUCCAGCGGCUGUAAAUGAAGCUGGAUUAAAAUCCCUUAAAGAACCUUGACUUUGAGAUAUUUAAACAUUAUAUUUAUAGCAAUGUCUGGUUUGAGUUUCCAGUGUUCUUUGACAUCUUUAAGUAAACAAAAUGCCAUAUUUUACCAGAGAAAUCAGUACACUGCUUACGUGACAUGCAUUGAUAAGUCCUUUUUUCAUGGUUUUAACAGUAUCAGUAUACAGUGGUGACAGUGAUGUAUAGAUCAAGUAUUAACAGUCACUGUGAAUAUGUGUUACAGACUGCUGUGAGCCACAAGAAUGAACCAACCUACUAAAAGUUGGUCUUGGCUUAGCUUCAUCUUAAAAUCUAGUCCUAAAUUGAUAUAGAAUAAAGGCCUCUAAAUGGUAGUUUAACCUGUAGAAACUAUUUGUAUGAAUAACUAUGGAUUUAAAUGAGACUUAAACAGGACUGCAUAUGUCUCUGGUACAUUUUAUGUAGCCUACAGUAACAAUUAUCUACACGCUUUAAAGCAAAAAAAGAGAGAGAGAGAAUUUGGUUCUACAUUCUAGUUAGUGACCGGGAUGUUCUCUCCAGAGUUGUGAUGGAUUUUAAACUACACCCAAGUUUUGCGUAGAAUAGAUUUAUUUAUAGAUUUAUUAUUUAUAAAAGCUUGUUUGUUAAACAGUGAUUGACUUUGAACUUAUUUACAACUUACUUAUGUUGAAUGUCAAUGUAACUUUUAAAUAUAUGCAUUGAUACAAGUCAAUAUAGUUGAGGUAAGACAUUUUAUGUUGAAAAUAUCCAUUUUUUCAAUUGAGUGGGACUUAUAACCUAUUAUAUAUUAUUGACAGUGCAGGUUAACUAUUUUUUGUUUCUUUUCCAUCAAUCUUUAAUCGUAUAGCGACAAUUCAUAACAAGUGUUAUCUUGAGACACUUUAC